AGCAAAAAUUAAAACGUGAUUUGGCCAUGGAUGAAUAUAGAGAGAAACGAAAAGGGGGCGUGUUUGAGUGAUUAGGUCUUUGUUCUUCCAGACACACUUUCACUUCACACCAAUUUUCAACAAUUCUAUCUAACCAUGACAGACUACGCGCAAGAACAAGAGAUGGAGAUUGAAGCAUUAGAAGCUAUACUCAUGGAUGAAUUCAAAGAAAUACACUCUGGUGAAAGUGGUCUAAGUACUUCCAAUAGGUGCUUCCAGAUUAAGGUCACUGCUCAGGAGGAAGAGGAAGAUGGUUCAAUUACUAAUCCAGCUCAACUGGCUUUGAUCUUCGCACACACAGAAAAAUAUCCUGACGAACCUCCGCUUUUGAAUGUGAGCAGUUUGCAAGGAAUAUCUGGUGAAGAUUUAAGGAUUUUGAAAGCAAAACUUCAACAAGAGGCAUCUGAAAAUCUUGGCAUGGCUAUGAUUUACACACUCGUUUCCUCAGCUAAAGAGUGGUUGGCUGAGCGGUUUUGUCAAGACUCGGAUGGUGUGAAUGCUGAAGCAGAAGAGGCUGCCAAAGAAGAUAUAGUGAUACCCCAUGGAGAACCAGUUACUGUUGAAACAUUUUUGACAUGGAGGGAAAGGUUUGAAGCUGAACUAGCACUUGAACGAGCCAAGUUAAUGCCAGAGUCUGUGCUUGCAACUCCAAAGGAAAAGAAACUCUCUGGUAGACAGUGGUUUGAAAGUGGAAGGAUGAAAGGUGCAGCUAUUGUUGCUGAGGAAUUGGACGAGGAAUUGGAUGAGGAAGAUAUCUUUGACGAUGAUGAUUUCGAAGAUGAUGAAGACGAUAUGCUUGAGCAUUAUUUAGCUGAAAAAUCCGAUUCAUCUACACAUCCUUCCAUGCGAGCAAGUUAAAUUUCAUUUGCAGUUUUAUCAUGUAGAGAGUGAUCUACAGCUUUCCUUGGCGGGCUUUGAGGGAGUUUGCAUCCUUCUAGGAUAAAGGAAAGAUAAUUUAGCAGAAAAUUUUGGCGUGCGACAAAAGAAACCAUUUUUAUUUGAAGUUGUCAGCCAUGGAUUAUAUGAACAUGAUAACUAAUCGAGACACAACACAAACUAUUCAACUAAAUUUAAAAGUGAAAGAAAUGACAUGCGAUUGUUUAAUAGUGAACUAGUAUGCAUCCAUGCAAAAGUAUCUUGUAAUGAACCAAGAAUCUUCCUAUGUUUUUAUUUCAUUUCAAAUCGAGUAAUGAGGUGUCCGAAUUUGGAUUCUCUCAAACUUGUUUUCAUAAACUUUCUA